GUCAAGGACACCAGGGCACCUCCUCGUGAACUCCACCCCAACCUGCGCCGUCGUCCGUCGUCCGUCGUCCUGGGCCCGAACCAGCCUCUCGGCCUCUGCCUGGCACCCAGUCCUCAAUUAUCAGACACGUCCCGGCCAGGCUUAACGCCGUGGGCAGCAGCCUAUCAGGCUGCACCAUCCUGAUCGUCCGGACUGGCCGUGCCUGAGAUGCCCUGGGGCCAAUCCCGGCUGCUCGCUACCCUCUCCGAACCAGUCCUCGCCCAGCAAAACAGACGAGAUGGCUGCCAUCCGUAUCAGCUCCCUCAUGCCCGGGUCCUGCCUGCCUGGCUGGGUGGCUGGGCUGGUACUUGAGACGGUACAACGGCCCGUGCCAAGAUCGACUUAAGAUGGGCGCAAUGAUGCUCAUCAUUGCUGCUCUGCCCCUUCAGCCCUGCCCAUCAUCUCCACCCCGUCUCGCAUCCUCGGCCUGUCCCCUGUCGUCGCAUCUGCUCCCGUCAUGGGCACAGGGGCCCCAUUGGCCAUUGGCCAUUUGCCAUCAUGCCCUUGCCUCUGCGCUGCGGCGCUCCCUGAUCCCCUUGAUGCACUCCUAUCUACCCCCCAAAAAAGAAAAAUGGCUCUCGCGGGCCAGCAUCAAGUACCCACGGUGGGGGGGGGGCUGUGACUGUGUGUACAAGCGGGAGUGCAGGAGCCUGGUUUAACCUUAAAAGGCCGUCGCAGGGAUGCAGCCCUGUUGGGACAAGAUACUCCAGUACUCGACUAGUCCACAAACCCCUGCGUCUCGCUCCCUGGCUGUGGGGCACUCUCCCGUGCAGAGGCGGCUCGCCUCCUUCCCAUGUGCCAUGUGCGCCCUCCCACGGCCGUAAUCGUGAGCGAGCAGACACAGACAGAGGCCCGCGACGGUGUCCACCCUGCCCACUUAAACACAUCCCGGCAGCGCGCCUUCUUGGCGAUGGGGACAAGCGAAACCAGUCAAGCAUCUGAAUAUAAAGCGGCCGGUCUUGGCUUGCCCACAGCUAUAUCUAAAUUCCCCCCUCGCUCCUCGCCCACAUUCUUUUACGCUCUUUAACUGUUCGACCUGUCGUCUCAUCUACUUUCUAUCGUCGCGCGCUGGUUGUGUAUUUCUUUUACAUUCGUUCGCUCUCUUCGUCGGAUGUAACGGGGUUUUCUGUCGUAAACCUCGUCGUCAUUCCUUUCCACACGCGCACGUGUCAACCUCCAUAUAUUACUUUUUGGUCUGGUACCAACCAUCGUCCAGGACGGCGGCUUCAUUUCUCCAACCGACUAACAAGCCAACUUUAAUUCUCGACACACAUCUACCUCCAAGAUGCAACUAAACACCCUCGUCUUCGCCCUUAUGGGCUUCUCUGCUGCUAUCGAGGCCUCUGCCAUCCACCGACACCAGGACGGUCUCCUGGUCUCGAGGCAAUUCGGUGGUGGGUUUGGCGGCGGACGUGGCGGCGGACGCGGCGGUGGUGGACAGGGUCAAGGUCAGGGAGGCCAGGGAGGCCAGGGCCAAGGCCAGGGGGGUCAGGGUCAACAAGGGGGGCAGGGUCAGAAUGGUCAGAAUGGUCAGAAUGGUCAGAAUGGUCAGAAUGGUCAGAAUGGUCAGAAUGGUCAAAAUGGCCAGAACGGUCAGAACGGCCAGAACGGCCAGAACGGCCAGAACGGCCAGAACGGCGGCGGCAACAACAACAACAAUGGUGGUAACAACGGUGCUCAGUGUCUGCAGGCCGAUGCUGUCCAGGACGGCUCGGCAUCAGACGGACAAGAGGCUGGUGCCGAAGAGGGCCAGGCCCCCUCCAUUACUGAUGCGAACAACUUCAUCAACUUCUGCGCCGGCAAGACCUUGACCAAUGGCCAGCAGAACAAGCAGGGUUCUUGCAACGGUAUCCCCAUGGGUGAGAUUCCAGCGCAGGGCAACAUGGCCUCGACCAUCAUCACAAGUCCUGUACCCGGCAACGAGCCCCAACCGAACGAGGACUUCGAUGUCAACGUCCAGAUCGCCAACAUGGACCUGGGAACCUUUACUAACCCCGACAACACCUACUACUCUGCUCCCCAGCAGCUCGGAAACGGAGGCGCCGUUAGAGGUCACACUCACGUCACGAUCCAGGACUUGGGUAACUCCCUCACUCCUAACCAGCCUCUGGAUGCCUCUCAGUUCGCCUUCUUCAAGGGUAUCAACGACGCGGGUAACGGCAACGGAGGUCUUAGCACCACCGUCACCGGUGGUCUUCCUGCCGGUAACUACCGUAUUUGCACUAUGGCCGGUGCUUCCAACCACCAGCCUAUUCUCAUGCCCGUCGCUCAGCGAUUACCAUCGGAGGGGGCGGUAACAACAACGGAGGCGGCAACAACAACAACAAUGGUGGCGGCAACAACAACCAGGGCCAGAACGGCCAGGGCCAGAACGGACAACAGGGCCAAAAUGGCCAACAAGGCCAAAACGGACAACAGGGUCAAAAUGGCCAACAGGGACAACAAGGACAACAGGGACAACAAGGACAACAGGGACAACAAGGCCAAGGUGGCCAAGGUGGCCAAGGUGGCCAAGGUGGCCGUGGUCAAGGCGGCCAAGGACAAGGCCGGUUCGGCGGAAGGCAAUAACUCGACCGCAACCGCGAACGAGUCCGAAGGCAACGCUAAGAGCGGGUCCUCCUCCUCCUCCUCCUCCUCCGGAGAUGCCAUCGGUGGCAUCUCAGCCCCAGCCGUGACGGAUUCCGGCAACCCGGACAGGCCCUUCUCAGUCAAUGGCAACACUUUCGUUAAUGAAGGAGCCGCCAUCCAGCGUGCCUGCGCUAUUCAGAACAAUGCCUGCGCGGACGCCGUCAAUUCAGGAAAAGUCUCCGGCAAGACUGUCGGUGACUGCAAUGCACAGGAGCAAGCAUGCAAUUCCCAGGGCGCGGCAUAGAGAGUUUACGGCAGAUCUUGAGUCUUUUCUUCCUCCAGACACCCAAUGGUGGUCCACUGUCUGUGAUACCCCUUAUUUGACUGGUUGGCCACCGACCGAUCGCUACUGUCUAACUCAAAUCGCCACUCUCUAUGCCCUUUCUUGCCGUCGGAUAUUGCAUGCUAGGUGGCCUGCCAUUUUGAUGAUGAUGAUGGAUAUGAUGGGUCUACGAAAGUCUUUUCUUAUCCUGCUCCUGCUGCUCCGAAUGUCACAAUAUCUCUCUUUUUGCCCCACGUUUGGCUUACAUUUUUCUCUGGAGGAAAAAGCACAACACAGAUACGCUUGUAAUUUAGAAUGGGACGAGAACGCGUUGACGCUACAGUCGUCCGGCGUCAGAAGGUUGAAUGAGAUGAGAUGAUACUACAAUUUGAGAUGAACUUGCUCACGCACG